GGGACUUAGUUCUGGAUUACUUCUCUUGCCGUACUGAUCCGCUGAUCUGACCAUUUGCGGUAGAAUGGGGUCCUCAAACCACAAGGUACAGUAGUAUUCUGACCUUCUCUCUCUUACAGUGCCUUGCAAAAGUAUUGAGCCCCCUUGGCGUUUUUCCUAUUUUGUUGCAUUAAAACCUGUAAUUUAAAUUGAUUUUUAUUUGGAUUUCAUGUAAUGGACAUACACAAAAUAGUCCAAAUUGGUGAAGUAAAAAAAAAAAAAAAACUUUAAAAAAUUUCAAAAAAUAAAUAACGGAAAAGUGGUGCGUGCGUAUGUAUUCACCCCUUUGCUACGAAGCCCCUAAAUAACAUCUGGUGCAACCAAUUACCUUCAGAAGUCACAUAAUUAGUUAAAUAAAGUAUACCUGUGCGCAAUCUAAGUGUCACAUGAUCUGUCACAUGAUCUGAGUAUAUAUACUGUACACAUGUUCUAAAAUGCCCCAGAGUCUGCAACACCACCAAGCAAGGGGCACCACCAAGCAAGCGGCACCAUGAAGACCAAGAAGCUCUCCAAACAGGUCAGGGAGAAGUACAGAUCAGGGUUGGGUUAUAAAAAAAUAUCAGAAACUUUGAACAUCCCACGGAGCACCAUUAAAUCCAUUAUUAAAAAAUUGGAAAGAAUAUGGCCCCACAACAAACCUGCCAAGAGAGGGCUGCCCACCAAAACCUACGGACCAGGCAAGGAGGGUAUUAAUCAGAGGCAACAAAGAGACCAAAGAUAACCCUGAAGGAGCUGCAAAGCUCCACAGCGGAGAUUGGAGUAUCUGUCCAUAGGACCACUUUAAGCCAUACACUCCACAGAGCUGGGCUUUACAGAAGAGUGGGCAGAAAAAAGCCAUUGCUUAAAGAAAAAAAUAAGCAAACAUGUUUGGUGUUCGCCAAAAGGCAUGUGGGAGACUCCCCAAACAUAUGGAAGAAGUUACUCAGGUCAGAUGAGACUAAAAUUGAGCUUUUUGGCCAUCAAGGAAAACGCUAUGUCUGGCGCAAACCCAACACCUCUUAUCACCCUGAGAACACCAUUUUCUCUUGAAAUUUGCAUUGAUAGUAUAAGAUAGGACUGGGUGUCAGGAAGUUGCAACAGAGCUUCGUACUGUUCUGUAGUUGAGGGCAUCAUGAUGUAGCAACAUGUAAAAUGACAUUUGUUAAUCUUCACUUGACAGACUUCACUUAAGAGGCUGAGUUAGCUGUAUUCUGUCUUUGGAUGGACCCUAAUCUUAUUGGCUACCCCUUAUUGGCUACCCAAAGGGGUGUGGCCGUGGUGGAGCAAACUGAUGAGAGGGACCAAUGGUAUGUUCCUGUAUCUUUUACUACAGUGUCAUGGUUUUUGACCAUUGCUUUGUCUUGUUAUAUAUUCAGCUCAUAAUCCUCUUUAUAUGUUCUUAGUCCUCUCUCUCUCUUUGUGUGUGUUUGUGUGCAGUGGUGUAAAGUACUUAAGUAAAAAUACUUUAAAGUACUUAAGUAGGUUUUUUUUUGUACUUUGCUUUACUAUAAAAAAAUGGACAACUUUUACUUUUACUUCACUACAUUCCUAAAUAAAAUAAUGUACUUUUACUCCAUACAUUUUCCCAGAACCCAAAAGUACUCGUUACAUUUUGAAUGAUGAUUUCUGAGUGUUUGAGUGCGCCCCUGGCUAUCCGUAAAGAAAAAAAAGAAAAAAAUACAAUCGUGCGUCUGGUUUGCCCAACAUAAGCAAUAAUUUUGAUACUGAAAUAUAUUUUUGAAAUUACAUUUACUUUUGAUACUUAAGUAUAUUUGAAACCAAAUACUUUUAGACUUUUACUGAAGUUAUAUUUUACUGGGUGACUUUCUCUUUUAGUUGAGUCAUUUUCUAUUAAGGUAUCUUUACUUUUACUCAAGUAUGACAAUUGGGUACACUGUGCGUGCGAGUGUGUGCUUGUGUAUUUGUGUCUGUGUGUGCAUGUGUUCGUGUUUAAAUUGUGUGUUUUUGUCUGUAGGACAUUGGUAGGGGUUACACAGUGAGGUGCUAAUCCAGGUAAUAAAGGAGGCACAGAUUAGAGCCCUGUGUGUGUGUGUGUGUGUGUGUGUGUGUGUGUGUGUGUGUGUGUGUGUGUGUGUGUGUGUGUGUGUGUGUGUGUGUGUGUGUGUGUGUGUAUGUGUGUGCGUGCGUGCAUGCGUGUGAGAGAGAGAGAGAGAGAGAGAGAUAGUGUGAGAGAGAGAGAGAGAGAGACAGAGACAGAGAGACAGAGAGAGGAGGGGGCAAGAGUGUGUGAGUGCAUCUCCUGGGCUAUGUGUGUCUGCCUCUUGCGUUCGUUCGUCAUAGCGCUCAGUGAGUCAGCAUCUCUUUUUUCUUUCCUGAGUCACUCAUUUAACGGUUGCCCGGUGACCGCAGAACAGAAAAAGGUUCCAAUUGCGUGUUCGCCUGCGAAGACAGCCACCAAUAUUUAUUCAGGCCCUGCAGUGAGUGGCCAGGAGAAAAUAAUAGACAUAUAUUCUCCAAUGAUUGCCUGGGUGCCAUGUCAUUGGAUGGAGAGGAGCCGCUUAGUAAUGAGUUUUUGCACUUCCUGUUUUGGAAGGAGAUAUACUGUCAAUAGCGCUCUGGGGCACACAGUGUAAAAGGAGAUGAUGGAUGUCUCAGGAGAUGUUUAUUUAUAUGUAUAAAAUACCAAGUUUUAUGUUGAAGAAUAACAUAAAAUUAACUACAUUUUAUGUGAAAGAAUCACCUUUUUCUCCAUGCAGGUAUGAAGACUUCCAGUGCUGGCUCUCCUCAGGUGAGAGGGGCCCCCAGGCCAGCCCCGUCGCCCCCCACCGCAACCCUGUGACCCCCCAGCCCAGCCCUGCAUCAUCAGAAGGGGACGAACCUGGACACGGGAGGAAGGUGUCUUUCUUUGAUGAUGUCACUGUUUAUGUGUUUGAUCAGGUAACUGCAUCUAUCAUACAGAUAAUUGGUAUUUUACAUCAGAGUCAUGUUUUUAUGCCUACAGUAUCUACAUAAUUUAAUUUUGAACAUUCUCCAUAGGAGAGUCCCACCAGGGAGCUACAAAGUCACUGGCCAGACACCAACAGCCGAGAGACCAAGGGUCAAUCUCCAAUAACAAUUUACAGACACACACCUGAGACCAAUAAUCAAUCCCCAAUCCCGCCCUGCAGCUAUGUCAACCAUCUACCUCACAUGUCAACCUCAGGGGUCUCCUUAGAGGACAAUGGUAUGUCUCUAUCUCUCUAUCCUGAUGGUGAUCUCUCUAUCUGUCUAAUGACAUCUCUAUCUGAUGGUGGUUGUGUUUACUUGCCCUACAGGUCUUGGUUUAGAAUGGGAGGAUGACUUCUCCUUCUUGGACAGCUCCCUCAAAACCAAGAUGGCCGACCACCAUCUUAUAAUAUCAGAGUCCAGUAUAUCUUCCGCAUCCCCUGACCAGACCUCCACACCCCCACACCAGAGGUGGAGUGGUCCAUCCACCCAUGCCUGCUCACAGUUGAGACCUUCCAGUCUGGUCCUCACCCACGUCACUGAUGCUGACCUGGAGCAGUGAGGCAAGUGAUUGGCUGCACACUUGUUUUUCUGUCACCCAGAGAGCCUUGGGCUCAUGGAAAAAAUUACUUAUCCUCUCUCCCUCUCUCCCUCUCUCCCUCUCUCCAUCUCUCCCUCUCUCCCUCUCUCCCUCUCUCCCUCUCUCUCUCUCUCUCUCUCUCUCUCUCCUCUCUCUCUCCUCUCUCUCUCUCUCUCUCUCUCUCUCUCUCUCUCUCUCUCUCUCCUCCUUUCCCCUCCCCUCCCUUCCUCUCCCCCUCCCUUAUAUGAUUCAUUAUUUAAUGGAUUUCUAGCUGGAGAGUUUUUUUCUUUUCUCUAGCAGUUCCAAACCACCUGUUGGUUGGUUGCACUGAUAUCACAAAGCUCUGUGACAGUACACUGUCUGACUCAAUAAGCCUUCUAUUUAGUGAGAUGGAUCACUGGGCUGUGUAGUAGCUAACAGCACAGCUGGCCACAGUGAAAGCAAUAGAUAUCAGACCUGUGGCUCUGGCUGGAGUUGAAAGCAUGUUAUCUUCUUCUCAGUCAGCAUAAAGGCUUAUUGUUCAGCCCGGUCAACAGACGUCUAGUUUUACUACUGUCUUAUCACUGCCACUGGUCAUGCUCUCGUGCCACAUUCAGCCUCUGGCCAAAUGAAAGUGAAAAGGCUAUUACAUAGGUUUCUAAGACACAAUGACUUCAUCAUUACACAAUGUAGUAAGGGGUGUAGUAAACAGAUAAUAUUGAUCAGUUUUUAUCCUUUUAUAAUAAGAAAAAGCACAGUUUGUGUGGACUCUAAACAGAGAAGUGUGAUGAAAAGGGAAACAGAUGAAGGGAAGGAGAGAAGGAGGGAAGGAAAGGAAGUGAAAGAGAGAGAGGGAGAGGGCCCUUUAUUUGUCUAGCUAUUUCAAGGUGUGUCCUUGAGUCCAUCUGUGGACUGCGGACGGCUCUAUGGCUAGAAGAGUUGGAGGACAAGACAGGAUGGCACUCAACUCUGAUCCGCAUAUUCAUGCUUGCAUGUGUGCGUCCAUGUGUGCGUGUGUUACAGUAUUUGGUCCAGCUUGUAAGAGCUUAGUUUGCUAGACCUAUUUUAAAGUAUACCCAGCACAGUGUAGUUAUUAGUUAUCAGAGCCCAUGGGUAAACUAAAUACAUAUGGUUGGCCUGAGGAGAAACUGAACAAACGGAAAAAAAUGUUUCCACAGAACCUGAAGUGUGGUUUAGUGGUUGAUUAGAAGAAACCUGUCAGGACCAGUACUAGUGUUCACACACACACACACACACACACACGAACAAAUAAACACACAUACUCAAGGACAUUUUGCUGCAGGGUGUUUGAUGCUGGGAGCUGCACACCUGUGUCUGACAUUCUCUUUAGAUACCGGUAGAUAUGUUUGUGGAACCAUAACACCAUAUCAUACAGAAGUCUGACUGGCGUUCUUGUGUUUUACACCAGGAUCCGGCACUGGGGAUGAGAAGAUAGAGGUCUAAUUGUGUGUUUGCUGAAGGAAGACAAUGUGAUGGAAGACAAAUCCUCAAAUAAACAGAAGAACAGAAGAGCUCAACAGUUGGAUCUUGCUGUUUCACCACUAGUAAACACUACACAUACUCCCUUUACAUUCUAUGGGCCUGACUAGGGGUCCAACUACAGGGGUGGUAAACCAUCCCUUUUCAGGCUACUGUACCACCAAGAGUCAGUUGUUUACCUUUCAGGGCUGUGCCUGUCUUCCAAUAAGGAUUAGCCUACAGCACAUUAACAAUAACAGAGGGGUCUGAUGAUCAGAACAUAGCAAUGGUGACCUGAUAAUCCUGCAUUGAAUAAAUGGGGUCCAACAAUGGAAAUGGCUUGAUUCACUCAUAAAGUAUAAGAAAUACAAGAACUUUGCUUGACAGCCUGCAUAUUCAAAAUGUAAGAACAUUUUCACCAGGUUUUUCAUCACCUAACUACUGUCCUGAUAAGAGCAUGAUGUUGGAAAUAUAAGAAAAUAUUUCUACAGAGUUUUCAUUGAAUUUGUUUCCCCUUGCCUACUGUGAAGCAUAUUUCAGUGAUAAGUAAUACCAUGCUGCAACAAUAGGUCACACACACACACACACACACACACGCACACACACACACACGCA